UCCAAAACGAGCAACGGUUUCAAGGCGCCCUUGGUGUCCCAUUCGAAGAAAAACAAAGCCCCGAAAAAAACAAAUACAUCUCACAUUUAAAAUCGAAUUCUAUUCAUAACCAUUUCUCUUUUUGAGAAAUAUGUCCGCCGAUGUAAUCUGUUUUCUUUUCGUCCUCUCGGUAAUAGCAUUUUGACGGUGUUGUUUAUCUGUAGUAAGGGGAACUUGAAACCGCCCCCUUGCCCCAUUUCCUCGGUUGUUUUUCUUCUUUCGCAUGUAUUCUCCAUGUUGUUGGAGCGAAAAGUGAGGUCUUCGCAGAGACAGGAAGGGGCCGUUCGGUUCAGAAAUAUACUAGUGAUAAAGUAAACUGAGACGCGCAGCCGAGGGAAACGCAAAGACGAAAACAUAUCCAAGCGCCCUGCCCCUCCCAGAAGAAGCAAGAAAUAAAGAUGCAUUGUUGGUGAUGAAUUGUAGCGUCUUCCAGAUCCAACAAAGCCACGGAUGACAGUUAUCAGGGCAAUCAUUUAGUAACUUGUCAAUAUAACCUAAUGAAGGCUGCUUAUCUCUGUUUGGGGAACGGAUUGGAUUUUGAGGGCUCUGUGCUUGUCAGAUGGAAAGUUCUAUCAUCACUCAAGUGCAGAAAGAAGACAUUCAAUUGUCACCGAAAACAGGUAAGAAUAGGAUAUGUCCCCGUUUUUAUUGUUUGUUCUGAUUAAACAUGGGUUUAAUUAUAAUUGUAUAGUUAUGAUAUGGAGGAGGUUCGUUAAGUAAUCAAAUGCAAGCACUCUAACGUUGACGUAAACAUGUUCCCAGCGCGUCCAUUUGACAGUUCCAACGUCGCUGAUAUUGCGCGCGACAUUCUAGAGCUCACUGCUCUUCUUGACGGUCGGCUAUGUACACAUUCAAUUUGCGUAUAAAUAGACUACGGUGAAUAUCAAUAUUAUAUUUCAUGAUGAUUCAAGCCGCCACAUGCAACUGAUGCCGAACAUGGCUUAGUUUUCAAAGGUGUUAUUGAACACCUGCAUAAUUGGAAAGGGAAAACCCCUCUGGUACAAACACAUUUUUGACAAUGCAAGAGUAAAGGCUAUUUGAAAAAAAUGUAUUUUGUCAUCACGAAUGCAAUGUUGCCAAGAAUAUUCAGUCAGUGUAAACAAUUCAAAUCAAUAUUUAUUUCCCAUUUUACGCAAAUGAUUGGACUUUCAAGGCCAUCAAAUGAUUCAGUAAUGUUGAUGCUACAGUAUUUAUAUGGAUCAAAACAAGGCUACAACAUCCAAUGCCAUCAUUCUAAACAUUUAGGCAUAUGAUUAUUAGCUAAUAAUUAUAAUUUCAUUAAUUGACAGACGAAUAAUUUCGCGUGUAAAAUGUUCAACCAAACCACCCCCGUAUUUAGCCUACCCUGUGUUUAUCAUUUGGGAUAUAUCUUAUUUCCAGCUGUUGUAUGUCGCCGUUCCAUAUAUUACUUUGUCACAUCUGUCUCUAGGCUGCCAUACACACAGCACAGCCAUGUCUUGUUUUUGUUCGCAGGCUCAGGCUAGAGACACAUCAAGGCAGAUCAAUGCGCGCCAGUGUGGCACACUAUCCGAAUGUCAUUAUAAAAAUACCACACCACAGGCCUAUACAAUACAAAGAUUGGCAGGUGUAUGAUAUACAAUUUGCUGUUGGAAAAUAAACCGAAAACCGUUGCGGAUGAGAAGCAGAACCGUAGAAAUGCCAGGUGCCGCGGUCGAUAUUGACAGUGGAAUGCACAAGCACACCCCUCAGCACACGCCCUCCUCCCUCCGCCGCCCAUUGUAAAGCGCGGUUUCAAAGAUUCGUUGUUUUCGUGCUUCUGGCAGUCCGGUUUGAAUUAAGGGGACGGGUACUGCUGUAUGGUUAUGGUUGAUUUACAAUACCAGAUUAUGUGUGAUAGGAUAACCCUGCUGCUCCUAUGUUUGCUCAACAGAUACAAAUCUAAUAGAUUAUUAUAGAUUGUUUCUUUUCUAAUUUAUUCGAAUUUUGUUUUGAUGUAUUCAGAAAUAGGCUAUCCUACCCUUUAAAAUGGCAUUUUGGCACUAGCAUGUUAUGUUUGUGUUGAUACAUGAUAUCCACAACAUCAAUAAUUGUAAAAAUUACAUGUAACCUGCUGGGUAAUAUGCCUAUACAUGUCAGCCCUAAACAAUUUCGGUAACACUUUAUUUGACAGGUACCUACAUAAGGGAGACUUCAUAACACAUUCAUAACGCAUCCAUAAACAAUACAUGAGCAUUUCAUAAAUGCAUAUGCCAACAACCACAUGAAUUAGGGAUGGACAUUUUAAUUUUUUUGACCUUUCAAGUACUAGCAUGAUUUCUUUUCGAGUACUCCAAUGGAAAAAAGUAUCUAUUUUUAGAACACAAGGCCUGCACUGGAAAAACAUAUGUGUACAUUUAUCUAUAGGCCAAUGCCAACAGUGUGCAACAAUGCCUCAUUUAUCAUAACCAUUACAGAUAACAAAUCCUAAUUGCCAUAUUCAGUCAAUAAAAAAGCAAGUGCCAUUUAAGAUUAAUUUAUUGAAACCAUACUAUCAACUGGUUAUAUUAUAUCGCGGAACACAAUCGUUUUAAAAAGACACACAUAUUGUAUUGUAAAGAAAACAUGUUAUAUAACAAAUUACAGAAUAUUUUUCCAAAUGAAAAAAGCUGUCAGUGUAAGGUGAUGCGCAUUUCGAGUCUGGAAAAGUUAUUCUCAAAGAGUGAUCAUUUGAAAUGGGGCUGAAUUUGGCAAGUUGAAAGACAAUUUUUUCAGGGUUACAAUUCAAAAUCUGUCUUUUCGAUAUACAGAUGUUCAAUUUAGUUUAUUAUGCCUAUUCUUUGGAAUUAUUUUAAUGGAUUAACAAUUUCACAUUGAACACUGCAUGGUGAUGAGUGCUUAAGGAUUCUGGUGAUAAUAUGCUCUUUGUCUUUAUCAAACUAAUGUUUUUGCAUAUUUUCAGUGUGGAACCUGUCUAUGUUUAGGGGGGUUAUAGCCUAGGCUAACUCAUUUUAAAAGGAAUCAAGUAGAUGGGACACAAUUAUUCCUAAUCUGCAGCUUGUUGUUGGAACACAUAUUUUCCUACAUCAAUCAACCAGUCCAUUUUGAAUUUGUGAUAAAACUGUCAUCAUUUGGCAAGGAAUAUAGCUUGUGUAUCCCAUCAGUUAGAUAUGUUUUUAUAGGCAGUUAUUUCUGUAAGCCUAACGGGAGCUUGUGUAUCCCAUCAGUUAGAUAUGUUUUGUACGGGCAGUAUGGUUGUAUGGGCAGUGUGUACGGGCAGUGUGGUUCCUGGUGCUCGCUCCCGUGAGCGGCGCCGCUGGCUCUGCUCUCGAGGCACCAAAAUAUUAAAUUAGCUGAAGUCUUGACCGGCCGACACACAUGGUUGACCAAUGAGCAGAGUUCAUCUUGUCAACCAAUGUUUUAAUAACAACAUUCGAGCUGACAACAACCAGGACCGCUGGUCUCUACACAGGUAGGCAGAUUUUCUCCCGGUUCAAUUGCCGUUUACCGUGGCCCGUCCGUAAGUGCCUUUAUGAAGUCCUUAUGUAGGUACCCUUCACAUAGUGUUACAACAAAUGCUUUAAGUAACAUACAUUUCAUUUUUUUACUGCUUUUAACCUGUUACCCGUGGCAUAUCUGUUUCCUGUGACCCAGGGAGGGGCUAUUCUAUAUAUUCUAUUCUAUAUGUGUUGAACGAUGUCACCCAGGCCAGGGCCUAGGGUCCUGUAUCUUUAUAUAGAUAGACCAUGGUUGUUUACAGGAGUGGAAUUGGAAAGAAAUCACUCUGUAAACUCACCAUGUAAAAUCCUAUAGAAUUCCUAGAGGAAUUCACCUUAAAACACGUUAAAAUUAUUACAUGUCAAAAUGAUUUCUAUUGAGUUCCCAUAUGUUCUUCCCCAACUCCUUGGUUAUGUACACUAUAUGUACAAAAGUAUUCAGCUAUUUCAGCCACACCCGUUGCUGACAGGUGUAUAAAAUUGAGCAAACAGCCAUGCAAUCUCUAUAGCCAAACAUUGGCAGUAGAAUGGCCUUACUGAAGAGCUCAGUGACUUUCAACGUGGCACCAUCAUAGGAUGCCACCUUUCCAACAAGUCAGUUCAUCAAAUAUCUGCCCUGCUAGAGCUACCCCGGUCAACUGUAAGUGCUGUUAUUGUGAAGUGGAAAUGUCUAGGAGCAACAAUGGCUCAGCCGUGAAGUGGUAGACCACACAAGCUCACAGAAAGGGAUCGGCGAGUGCUUAGGCGCGUAGCGUGUAAAAAUCAACUGUCCUCGGUUGCAACACAGCACAAUAACUGUUAGUCGGGAGCUUCGUGACCAGGUGUCGGUUGGAGUGGUGUAAAGCUUGCCGCCAUUGGACUCUGGAGCAGUGGAAACGCGUUCUCUGGCGGGAUGAAUCACGCUUCACCAUCUGGCAGUCCGACGGACUAAUCUGGGUUUGGCGGAUGCCAGGAGAACGCUACCUGCCUGAAUUCAUAGUGCCAACUGUAAAGUUUAAUGGAGGAGGAAUAAUGAUCUGGGGCUGUUUUUCAUGGUUCGGGCUAGGCCCCUUGGUUCCAGUGAAGGGAAAUCUUAACGCUACAGCAUACAAUGACAUUCUAGACGAUUCUGUGCUUCCAACUUUGUGGAAUCAGUUUGGGGAAGGCCCUUUCCUGUUUCAUCAUGACAAUGCCCCCGUGCACAAAGUGAGGUCCAUACAGAAAUGGUUUGUCGAGAUCGGUGUGGGAGAACUUGACUGGCCUGCACAGAGCCCUGACCUCAACCCCAUCGAACACCUUUGGGAUGAAUUGGAACGCAGAGAGUGAGACAGGCCUAAUCGCCCAACAUCAGUGCCCGACCUCUCUAAUGCUCUUGUGGCUGAAUGGAAGCAAAUACCUGCAGAAAUGUUCCAACAUCUAGUGGAAAGCCUUUCCAGAAGAGUGGAGGCUGUUAUAGCAGCAAAGGGUUAAUGCCCAUGAUUUUGGAAUGAGAUGUUCAACGAGCAGGUGUCCACAUACUUUUGUAGUGCAUCAUCAUUCCUAUGGCUGCUGACACCCCCCAAAGAUGUAACAAAGAGAAUGAGGGAAGGUGGGAAAUUAAAAGUUAGGAUCAAGGGUGGAGGUUAUGAAUCAAGAGACUCAUAAUAACUAACACUCCUUCACAAAAUAUGACAAGCAUGUUGAGCAUGUUCAAAUGUGUGAACAAGGCUCCUGAAGAUUUGCAUUGAAACAAUCACUUUUUUUCUUUUUUAAUCCGUUGUUUAAAAUGAAUCCCUUUGAUAUCUUUAGUCAGUACAGCCAUCAGUGUUCUGUAUAUCAGAGCCAUCCAUGCAUUUGAUUUUUAUAUGAACCCUCAUACAUGCAUAUCCAACCAAAGAAUAGAUGCUAUUUGCCUCCUGUGGUGGAACCUUUGUGAACUAUGACACAUUUUUACAUUGACUGAUCAAAAGGGGCUUGGAGCAUUGAGGUGUGACUGGCUUCAGCUCACUCCAUACCAGCCAGAGAUCUUGUUCCAGGAGAGUCAGUGAAACGGUUGGAAUGUUUUCUGUCUGUGUUUUUUUUCUACAGCAGAAGGUACUGACUGUGUCCCAAAUGGCACACUACUCCCUAUAUAGUGCACUACUUUUGACAAGGGCCCUGUAGGGAAUAGGGUGCCAUUUGAGACACAGUCACUGCCUGGUGAAGAGUGUGGGUUUUCCCGCCCUCUCUGUGAUUAUAUAACAUGUACCAGCCUCUUCCAGCUUCCAGCAGCAGCAACCUCAUUAAAGGCCAAUUUUUAUUUGUGUUUGAGUGUGUGUGUGUGUGUGUGUCACGGAAUCAGCCGAGACUGCUCCUCCUCCUUGCUCGGGCAGGCUUCGGCGUUCGUCGUCCCCGGAGUACUAGCUGCCACCGAUCUAUGUUUCGCUGUUUGACUUGUUUUGUCCUGAUUGUGUACACCUGUUCCCCAUUAUGUUGUAUUGUAUUCCCUAUUUAACCCUCUGUCGUUCAUUGUGUGUUGUGUGUUAUUGUAUUCGUCAUCGGCAGUGUUUCGUGUGCGGGUUGUUUUUCCUCCUAUUGUGGAGAUUGUUUUCUACUCUGGUUACCUUCGAGUAAAGUACGUUUCCAGUAAGCUCUGUGUCCUGCGUUUGACUUCGCCUACCGCAUUUCACCGUCGCAUUCUGACAGUGUGUGUGUGUGUGUGUGUGCGCAACUGUGCGUGUGUCCGUACGUGCGUGUGCAGGCUGGCUGGCAUCCCUGUAGUGUAGAGGGAAGCCUUUCGUGAAGGGAGCACGGAGUUAGUUCUACAUGUGUGCAGUAACUAUGUCUCUCAAAAUGGGGGAAAUCCUCCUUUCUACUUUAUGGGAAAAUCUUGUGAAAUUCACAUUAUACAUUUCCCUAACCCCAUGCAUCUACAGAUGUAGGAUCUUAAUUUGAGCCAGUUUGCUACAGCAGGAAAAUAAUCCUGCAGCAACAGGAAAUGUGGAUUAUAAUUCAUGGACAUUUUUGUAAGGGUUGAUACAUUUUUCGUAUCGUAAGGGAAAAUCAAGUCUGAAAUGCAUUGCAGAAAAGUUAUCCUGCAACAGGGUGAACAAAACAUCUGUACCUGGAUUAUAAGAACCUUCAUUGCAGGUUGAAUCACCAUAAUGUGUUGGUGAAUAGCAUUUUCAUUUGGGACAAAGCCAUAUGUCACUCAGAGUUUGGAUCAAAAGCUUGGUUGUGUCAUAGGCCUACAGCAUUCUUCCUUUUGGUCUUGUGACAGGCGAGGUGAGCAGGUCUUCUCCGAAGAAGCCUAGGAGCUGUAACAUCUUCAAAGCACUCUUCUGUUGCCUCAGAGGAGCACAGGAUGCCCCAAAACCACCAUCACCUUCACAAGAUGCCUUGCUGGAGCCACAGGACAAUGGGGAUGUUGUCAAGGUAACAGAAUAUAUCUCUCAACAUCUCAGCAGCAUUGUUGUUGUAAUUAUCCAUAUCGAAAAUAGAGCGUAUGGGCUGUAGUUUACUGUAUUUCAACCAAGUGUGGGACUAUUAUGUAGCCUAAAAAGUGUCCUUUUCCAUUUUGUUAUGUUUGCUAAGCUUGUUUGGACCACUUCCUCAGAUUCAAAAUAAUUGUUUUUGCCACAAAGUUUCACACAUUGUAAUUUGCCCAGUCAUAGAGUUUUUUUACAGGACAUGAAUCCCGUGUGUACAGUUUAGCAAAGUAUUUUUAAACCCAAAUAACUGUCAGGCUUAGCUCAGUUUUUAUUUAUUUUACAACUGUCAACUUCCUCAUCAUGUGUUUAACAACUCUGCCAUAAUUAUUACAGGAAAGUAAUAUCUUUAUAUAAGACAAUAACUACACAAGUGAUUGAUAGCUUUCCUAUCUUGAGCAAUACCCUGUGAGAAUGUGUGGGAUUAUUGCCCGUUGAUGUUAUGACAGCAUGAUGCAAUAUAAAAUGGCUUCUGCACCUGUUGGGAACAUCUUGAACACUAUAACCAUGACUGUUGGCAGAUACAGAGUAGUUUAGGUCUGUUCAUAUUGAUCUCCUAUGAUGAUAAGACAGCUGAGUGUCUUGCAAUCCACUAAGGCUAAACAGAGGUGCAGUGGGCCUACAAAGAGUGGAUAAUGUGAUGUGCAUGUCAGUUCAUGUUGGAGACAUUAGAUAUGUACAGUAUUUGGUACCUGGUGUUUCGUAACCAAAGUUUACAGAAGCAUGACAAGGUGUGUGUUGCCCACUGGCCACUAGUGAGGCUGUCAGUUGUAGGGGCGCUAGCACCAUGUGAAGGCGUCCACAUGCGUCCAAUCCCAAACAGUUCCUGCAUAUAUUAUGACAACAUUUUGUGAUGUUUUAGUUCGUUUUGGUCUUCGCCAAGGGUUUUUUCAGCUGUUCGUGCACACAAAAAGUUUUCCUGACGCAAGCCGAAGUUCAGUAGCCGAAGUCUAUGCCCCUUCGUCGGUAAUUGGUCAACCGUAGGAAUUCUUCAAUUAAUUGUUUUGUUGUCAUUCAACGAGAGACGACUCGUUUUCAUGCAAAUAUUUUCACUCGAGAAAUACUGCACCAAACAUCUUAGUUAGAUGUAAAAUUGCAUGACAGACCUCCUCGGCAAACACGUAAAAAUGAAUUACAUAUAUCUGGAGUUAUCUUAAUUCGGACUAUAUUGAAGAACUGGCUUUGGCAUCUCAAGAGGGACAAACAAUACUAUUGCCUCUUUUUUGUUCACGUUGCUAAGUGUCCUCCAGGCAGCACUGGAGCAAUGAGGAAGCUGUAGCUGAUGUGAAGCAUGGGUAUUGUUUGGGUCUCUGAAUUGAAUCUGAUAUUCUAUUCUUACAGUAUUAUUACACUGUUAGAGCUCUUUUACCCCUACGUACAUAUUACCUCAACUACCUCGUACCCCUGCACAUUAACACUGUACCGGUAUUCCUUGUAUAUAGCCUCGUUAUUGUUAAUUUAUUGUGUUCGUAUUUCCUUUUUAAAUUUAGCAAAUUUUUCUUACUUUUUAACUCUGCAUUGUUGGGAAAGGGCUCGUAAGUAAGCAUUUCACAUUAAAGUCUACACCUGUUGUAUUCCGCGCAUGUGACAAAUAAAAUUGAUUUAAUUUCAACUGCAGUUAUUCUCUGUGCUUGUAGAGUGAGGCACUGUGUUUAUGAAGCAUAAGAAAAGCCUAGUAAAAAGGGCAAGAUGUGUUGUUCUCCAUGAAUGCUCUGCACAGUCAUGUACUGUACUCUGUAGUACUGGCUAAAGAUAGUGACCGUGUAUGUCCCCUGUCUUCUCCUCCACCACAGCUGUCAUCAGGGCCCAGCCUGCUGCCUGAGAUGACACCCCAGGACCAGGGGAAGAUAUGUGUGGUCAUAGACCUGGAUGAGACACUGGUACAUAGCUCAUUCAAGGUAGCUACCGCUUUUUCACCCACUCACUGUUACAUGUGGUUUUGUAAGGGGUGUUUGUAUCAAAUGCUAAGUUAAAAGAGGACAUUUCAUGAAGUGAAUUAUAAUUUUGAAUGACAUGACAUUUUGUGUGUAUUGUUUGAUUUAUGGAAUGAUUUAUAGUUUAGCAAUUUGAUCCUAUGUAAUUACAUACAGUAUGACUGUAAAGCCCAGGAGCAUCAUAACAACAAUCUUCCACGGUGUUCCUUCUCUCCCUCAGCCUAUCAGUAAUGCAGAUUUCAUAGUGCCUGUGGAGAUUGAGGGGACCACACACCAGGUAAAAUCUCUCAUCUGGAUAUGUUAUCUGUGUGCUUGUAGAGGUGGUUGGGUAUUGUAUGCGUAUGUUAUGUUCAGUGUUUGCCAAGGUUAAAAUGGGAUGGGUCUCAGGACAGAUGUUUGUUAUGAGCACUAGAUGAGCCCUCUACUGGACAACAGUGGAAUGGGAAAGGAAGGAAACAGUUCAAUACAGCUUAGUCAGUUCACCUUUCAGAAGAUUUUGCUCACCAGAGGUAAUAUUUGAACUCUAUGUAUUGAAAUGUACUGGAGCCUGCUGUACAUGCAAAACGACAUGCACUUCAGGUCAACAUGAGUACUGUUGUGGUGUUUGGGAUUCUUCUCCAUGGGCCUCUGCCUGGUUCAAGUAAUCCAGGAUAGGCUGGUUAACACCUGCACGGCCUAUUCUUGAUUACUUGUUUCAGGAACCGGCCACCAGCAACUGAGAUGGACACAAAAUGGACACAGCAGAGAAAGAAGAGUUAAUGUUUGCUUCCAAAUAUUUUCUUCUAGAUACUUUAUUACUGUUCAAUUAUAAAGCAAUUGCUGAAAUACUACGUAACAAGUAGAAAUGUCUGUGUUACUAAACAGGUAAAAGAGCAACUUAAUGUAAAGUGUUACCAAAGCUUCAUGCCAGGUGUUUGUUUUCAGGUAUAUGUGCUGAAGAGGCCAUAUGUGGAUGAGUUUCUACAACGAAUGGGAGAGCUGUUUGAGUGUAUUCUGUUCACUGCCAGUCUUGCCAAGGUAAGCUGAAAAUACCUUCUAAUGAAACCUUAUCUUGUCGUGACAUUUGCCCUGUUUUUUUGUUGUUCUUAAUGAAAAAACCUAUUGUAUUCUAGUUUAGAAAGUCUUUAAAAGUUUUUCUCUUUCACAAUCCUCCGUAGCCUUUUCCCCAUGCACAAGGUGACCUUUGUAGUACCAAAGCCUGCUUUGUAGAUUUGCAUAUUAUGAGCUAGCAUACAUUGCAUAAUGUAACCCAUAGUUACAUUAUUAGUAGCAUGAGUGCCUUGAUGACACCUUGUUAGUCCUGACCAAACUCCCUUUCCUUCUUCCUCUUGCCAUUUCCUCCCUUCCCUGGUCCCCGUCUUCCUCCUUUUCUCCCUCUUCCUUGCCCGCCCCCAGUAUGCAGAUCCAGUGACUGACCUGUUGGAUCAGUGCGGGGUAUUCCGGGCACGGUUGUUCCGGGAGUCCUGUGUGUUCCACCAGGGAUGCUACGUCAAAGACCUCAGCCUGCUGGGCCGAGAGCUCCAUAAGACCCUCAUCCUAGACAACUCUCCUGCCUCCUACAUCUUCCACCCAGAGAAUGCUGUGAGUUUGAGUUUCAUUCAACUUCUGUCAACUCAAAUGUGAACUCUUUCAGGAUUCAAAGUGAUGAUUAAUAUGAUACUAGUUCUGAUUCUACUGAAUUCUGAUUCUAUUCUAUUCACUUUUUUGAAGUUUAACCUUAUAUUCCACUUAACUUUUGGAUUUAGUACAGUUAUAUACGACAAGAAAAUACAGUUGUCAAUACCUCAACACUGCAAAGAAAGCAUUAGUAAGUGAGUGAAUGGUUUCUCUGAUGCUCCCUCAGGUUCCUGUGGUGUCCUGGUUUGAUGAUGUGGAGGAUGUUGAGCUGCUCCACCUGCUGCCUGUGUUUGAGGACCUGAGUCAGGCUGAGGAUGUCUACACCAGACUGGGGGAGCUACGAGCACCAUGAUGGAGGACCCUGCUGACGAGCACUUCAUGACAUUCUAACGCCAUUUCUCUGACUAGGAGCAUCUGACUGUCUGUCAACCACUGUCUGAUAGUUCUGAGCGAGAACUGCCAAAGUACUGUAGAGUACUACAGUCACUCCAAAUGAAUAUGAAUAAAGUGGUUAUUUUUGCCAAAUCAGAAGCCUGCAUGGCCUGAUCUGACUCAGGACACUUGUAUCUUUGUGCCUUUUUCCUAAACAAACACAAAAACCAAGCAGCUCAAACUGGUUUUAUUAGUAUUUUGUAAUGUUUUUUCUUCCAUUCUCACUAUGCAAUCCUCUUCUGUAGUCACGAUGAACUACAGUGCUACUUGUUAUACGGUUCACACAGUCAAAUCCAGAAUGCCAACAGAAUGUAUCCUUACAUUUUCCUAGAUAUAUGACCAGUUAGUAUAUGCUCACGUACUAGACGUUUAAUUGAUACGUAAGUAUUUGCAUUAUUUACUGUAAAAUGGCUAACAAAGCAAAAUGCCACUCCAUUAAGUACUGAAUAUAUUAGAAUAAAUAACGUCUUCAUCAAGUUUUGGAGACUUUAUAUACAUUAUAGCAAUGUAUUUUUCUGAAUACCAUUAAUAGCAUGCAUACAGUGAUGUUAUAAAGCUUUAAAAAGCUUAUUGAUUUGAUCAUUUGGGACCACAUUUUGUAAGAUGAAUUUCUUUCUAGUCACUUGAAGGCAGACACACUGGAUGCCAUGGUGGUAGGCUACUCUGCACAAGUAUAUUAUAUUGUCGCUCUUAGAAUAUUUGGUCCAGUCUAACACAUAUGUUUUUCUGUUUUUCUUGGAUUACUAAAUGACAAAAUUGCACUUGUUGUUUUUAUAAGUAAGACUGUGACAACUGUACCUUUCAAAUGCAGUUAGAGACAUCAUGCACAGUAAUGCCAUACUGAAUGUGGUCAAAUACUGUAUUUAAAAAAGGAUAUGUAGUUGUGGUACUCUUAAUUCUGAAAUGAUAUGUUUUUUUUCAUAUACAUAUAUAUUACAAUUUGUGUAUUAAUUUGUAUAUUAUUUGCCCACUGCAAGUGAGGGUAUAAAAACAACAAUAUUCAAAACAUCUGCCAAAUUAUAAUUUGUGCCAAGAGUUUUUGGAUUGUGUAAACAAGUUAAUCAAACACCACUGAUUAUUUUCCUCCAAAGAGUGCCUUUCAAACACAACUCUUAACCUUCCAAUGCCUCCUCAUAUCAUCAUAGAUGAUGUGAACGACAUUGGUUUAUCCAAAAAGCAAUAACCAAGUUCAGGGGGUAGAUCAAUGACAAAUAACUAGCAAAAUCUGGAUUAUUUUAUGUGGGUACAAUCAAGUUUGUUUUUAUAAUGUUAAAUGUUCUUUUUAUUGUGUAGCUACUUGUUGACCACUUAAUAAAUUUGAAUGAAUGUUUAACAAUCCUAAUGAAUAACCAAAGCUAUCUGGUUGUUGAUAUUGUGUAGAUUAAGUUGUCCUCAUUGAUAUUGCUAUAAUCAAACAAAAUAAAGCAAAAUGUAAAUUGUAAAUCAGUAACACAUAUAGGCCUAUACAUUGUUUUUAGUGCAAGUGCAAAAACCAAAACGUCCCCAGGACCGAGUUUGGGAUACGCUGUUGCUACUUUUAAUAAUAUUGGACUAUUUUUAAAGAAAUACAUGUAUUUUGUAGCCAACCUGGUCAAAUUUUGCCAAAUAAAAGUUGGAUUAUA